UGCACCGCGAGAGCUAAGGCCUCACUACCGGCGUCCGCUCCCCGGCGCCAUUUCUGUAGAGGGGACGGCAGCGCGGCCUGUGGCCAUGGCGCUGUUCCCGGCCUUUGCUGGCAUUAGUGGGGCUCCGGAUGGCGGCAGCGCGAGGAAAGAAUUAGACUGGCUGAGCAACCCGAGCUUUUGUGUUGGAGCCAUAACCUCUCUGAGCCAACAACCUGAAGAGGUCACCGCCCUGGUUUCUGAAGGGUCCCCACUGACCAGGAGUCCUCUGAAAUCAGAACCCUCAGAUGAAAGUGACAGUAACAAAAAGCCCAAACAAACAAGCAGAAAAAAGAAGAAAGAGAAAAAGAAGAAGAGGAAGCAUCACCACAAGAAAAUCAAGAGAAAACAUGGGCAGACCAGUAGCAGUGGAUCUGAGCCAGAUAGUGAGCCUGAUAAGGACAAAAAUUCCAGAAGCAUUGGAGAUAGUAAAAAGGAAUCAGAGAAACCAAGUCGAGAAGAUAAUGCUGCUGCUGCUGCUAUUGGGCAUCGCUUGGUUUGGCUUGAGGACAUUCAGGCUCUGAAUGGAGGAGAAACCUUCAGAACAGAUAAGAAGCCGGAUCCUGCAAACUGGGAAUAUAAGUCUCUCUACAGAGGAGACAUAGCAAGAUACAAGAGGAAAGGAGACUCCUGCCUUGGCAUUAACCCCAAGAAGCAGUGUAUAUCCUGGGAGGGGGCUUCCACGGAAAAGAAGCCUUCGCACAAGCACGUUGAGCGCUAUUUUAUGAAGAAGAGUGUGGUAUUAAUGAACAUGGAUGGAGUUGCCGUUGGCAGUAAAAACGAAGCUCCCUCAUCUGAGCCAAUCUCGUUUAUCCCAGUGAAGGGCACGGAUGAGGUGGUUCCUCCCGUUACAACCUGGUUGAACCCUCUGGGGAUUUACGAUCAGUCCACCACGCAGUGGUUACAAGGACAGGGUCCUUCAGAGCCAGAAACAAAGCAGCCAGACUCACAGACGGACAGAGAGAGCGCUCUACUCAAGGCCAAGGUGGAGGAGUUCAACAGGAGAGUCCGGGAGAACCCCCGGGACAUUCAGCUCUGGAUGGCGUUUGUUGCUUUUCAGGACGAAGUCAUGAAAAGCCCUGGCCUGUAUGCCAUCGAGGAGGGAGAGCAGGAGAAGCGGAAGCGGUCUCUGAAGCUGGUUCUGGAGAAGAAGCUGGCCAUCCUGGAGCGGGCCAUUGAGAGCAACCAGAGCAGCGUGGAGCUGAAGCUCGCCAAGCUGAAGCUCUGCACGGAGUUCUGGGAGCCCUCCACCCUGGUCAAAGAGUGGCAAAAACUGAUAUUCUUACAUCCCAAUGAUACAGCCCUUUGGCAGAAGUACCUUUUAUUUUGCCAGAGCCAGUUUAGCACCUUCACCGUGUCAAAGAUCCACAGUCUUUAUGGAAAAUGCCUGAGCACCUUGUCUGCGGUGAAGGAUGGCAGCAUCUUAUCGCACCCUGCCUUGCCGGGCACCGAAGAGGCGAUGUUUGCGCUCUUUCUUCAGCACUGCCACUUCCUGCGGCAGGCCGGUCACUCAGAGAAGGCGGUCUCUCUGUUCCAGGCCAUGGUGGACUUCACCUUCUUCAAACCAGACAGCGUGAAAGACCUGCCUACCAAGGGACAGGUGGACUUCUUUGAGCCCUUCUGGGACAGCGGGGAGCCCCGGGCCGGGGAGAAGAGCGCCCGAGGCUGGAGAGCAUGGAUGCACCAGCAGGAGCGAGGGGGCUGGGUGGUCAUCGGUGCAGAUGAUGAGGAUGAUGAACCAGAAGACGAGGACCAGGAAAUAAGAGAUAAGAGCCUGCCCAAGUGGCAGAUCUGGCUUGCCGCCGAGCGGUCCCGAGACCAGAGGCACUGGCGGCCAUGGCGCCCUGAUAAGUCCAAGAAGCAAACUGAGGAAGACUGUGAGGACCCUGAGAGACAGGUGCUGUUCGAUGACAUCUCGCCAUCUCUGAUCCAGCUCUCCAGCCCAGAUCUUCGGUUUCAGCUGGUCGCAGCCUUUCUGCAGUUCCUGGGCGUGCCCUCUGACCUCAGCCCCCCAGCCUCCUGCCUCUACCUGGCCAUGGAUGAGAACAGCAUCUUUGACAAUGGGCUUUAUGAUGAAAAGCCGUUGACUUCUCUCAACCUUUCCUUUUCUGGCGUCAGCUGUGUGGGCCGCUCAGACCCACUGGGCUGCCGGCGCUGGACCCGGGGUCACAAUCGAGAGGGCGAGGAGUUCAUCCGCAACAUCUUUCACCUUGUGAUGCCUCUGUUUUCAGGCCAGGAGAGGUCUCAGCUCUGCUUCUCCUGGCUACGGUACGAGAUGGCGAAGGUCAUCUGGUGUCUUCACACUAAAAACAAGAAAAGGUUGAAGUCACAAGGAAAGAACUGCAAAAAACUAGCCAAAAAUCUCCUUAAGGAGCCAGAAAACCGCAACAAUCUCUGCCUCUGGAAGCAGUAUGCGCACCUGGAGUGGCUGCUGGGCAACACGGAGGAGGCCAGGAAGGUGUUUGACAGUGCACUCAGCGCGGCAGGGAGCAGGGAGCUGAGGGACUGGGAGGUGUGUGAGCUCAGCCUGCUGUAUGCCGAGCUGGAGGUGGAGCUGUUGCCAGACCCGAGGGGGGCCUCUGCGGCCCGCGCCGUCCACGUGCUGACCAGACUGACCGAGAGCGGUCCCUACGGGCCCUACUCUGGGCCAGUCUUGGCCGUCCACAUCCUGAAAGCUCGGAAGGCAUACGAACACGCGCUGCAGGACUGUCUGGGGGGGAGCUGGGUCUGCAGUCCCGCCCCCACCGCCCCUGCAGGGCCCUGUCACCGCCUCAUUAGCCUGGUGAGGUGCUUCAUGCUCUUCCAGUACUUGACUGUGGGGAUCGACGCUGCUGUGCGGGUAUGCGAGCAGGUGUACGCAAAACUGAAGGGCUCCGCUUCCCCCGGUGGCUCCAGCCCCGAGGACGCAGGCAGCGCACAGAGCCCGAGCAGCGUUCUUGAGGCUGUCAUGCUGAUGCACACCAGCCUGCUCCGAUUCCACAUGAAGGUCAGCGUUUACCCUCUGGCUCCCCUGCGGCAGGCACUCUCGGAGGCCCUGCAGUUGUAUCCGGGCAACCAGGUUCUUUGGAGGUCCUAUGUGCAGAUUCAGAGUAAGUCCCACACAGCCAGUAAGACCAGAAGAUUCUUCGAUGCCAUUACCAGGUCUACCAAGCCCUUGGAGCCUUGGUUGUUUGCGAUUGAAGCCGAGAAGAUGAGGAAGACGUUGGUGGAAAGUGUUCAGAGGGUGGAUGGCAGAGAUGUCCACACCACGAUUCCCGAGACCGGCCUGACGCAUCGGAUCAAAGCCCUGUUUGAAAAUGCCUUGCGGAGUGACAGCGGCAGCCAGUGCCCCUUAUUGUGGAGAAUGUAUUUGAAUUUCUUGGUUUCCUCAGGAAACAGAGAGAGGAGCAAAGGCGUGUUCUACAAAGCCCUGCAGAGUUGUCCUUGGGCUAAGGUACUGUACCUGGACGCCGUGCAGCACUUCCCUGAGGAGAUGCAGGAGAUCCUGGACCUGAUGACAGAGAAGGAGCUCCGGGUGCGCCUGCCCAUGGAGGAGCUCGAGCUCCUGCUCGAGGACUAGAGCCCAGGCAGGAGGGCGCCGACAUGGACCAUGGGCCUGAGUGUGCUUACAAGACCUCUGCCUUUGAAGUUUCUGAUCUUAGUGUUUGUACCUAGGCUAUCCGUGUCUUACCUCUUGCACAUUUUGGGAUGUGCAGACAACCUAGAAGCUUCUGUUUGCAUAUUAUAUAUGUGACCACGUGGACGUGUAGGUGAGAACCAUGCCCAGUGAUACUGAAUGUCCCGUGGUGGGCCUGUUGGUCCCACCCUUCCUCCGCCCAGCCAGUGUGCCCUGUGGGUUGGCAUCCUUGGUGGUCCUGCCGGGGUCUCUGGGCCUUGUGGUGAUGACAGGGAAGCUCUGGUUACUCAACCCUAGAACCGGUCCCCAGGCUGGUGAGGAGAGCAGACUGCCCAUCUCCUCGGACCAGAGCAGAGGCUUGGGUGCUCUGGCCUAUACCCAGCGUACCCCUAAGCCCCCCUUCCUGCCACUGCCCAGCUGCAGACCAGCAGUGUCUAGGUGCCUGUUAGGGAAGCAGCCUCGCAGGUGCACCUCAGCCCAGCUGCCAGUCUACAGGUGACCAGGAGCCCUGAGGGCUCGGGUGCACCCAUGUGUGGCAAGCCCUGCCCAAGGGAAGGGCCCUGCUGCAGAGGAGCGGACGGCCGCGUGAGGAGAGUACAGACCCAGCCCUGCCUGAGAUGGGCCACGUCCCUGAUUCUGAGGGCUGUGAAUGGAAUGAAAUGUAAAUACCCACGUUCAGACCGCUUU